AUGCGCUCUGUAGUAGCAAAAAGUACGAGUAGCAAGUGCCUUAAAGAUUCGUCAGUCCUGUUAGGUCCUGGUGGACUCUUCCGUGGUGUGAUUGGUUGCAACAUUGAAGGAACCAGAGGCCGCCUCACGUGGGUCAAUAACUGGGUCACAUUCAUGGACUGUAUGCUACAGCUCAAGAUCAUAGGCCAAGACACUAGGGGCCUGUUAGUCCCCACUAGAAUAAAGAAACUGUCGAUUGACACUAACGUGCAUUAUAAUGCUAUCUCAAAGAUGUGUGCUGACUCUAGCAAACAUUCCUUCGAAGUCCGCGUCUAUCCGAAUGUGAAUGUUAUUCGCGCCGGAGGUGUAGAAGUACGUGGCUUAUAUGUUACUCCUAUAUCGAAGAGAAAUAAACUCGACAUACCAGUUCUUGAAAAACAUGUUUUCGUACCUAAUUUUGGAAACAGUAAAAUGAAGAUAGAAGAUGCUAUCCGAGCAAAUCUACAACUUGUUCUGGAGAACAUACAAACUUUCAAAAUUAAAACCAUUGAGUACGUUGACGAAGAAUAUAAAAAAAAUAACCUGGAACCAAUCAUCACGACAGUGGCAGAAGUUUUGGAAGACAUGCCGCUGAUGCAAGUUGAGUUGUUAGUUAUUUCUGAAAAAACGUAUGAAAAUCUGCCUACUAGUAUCACUGUUGAAAACAUAAAGCUUUCAGGAGAAUUAAACGCCGUUGUAUUUAUCGGAGCCAAUCUUCUAAAAAGAGAUAAAGUUCUUCAAAAAGGUAUAACAACACUACGUGAAAAAUGCUUUAUCAUUAGUAGAGAAAAAGAGCGACCCAACCCAAAUCCUUCCUCUGAUAAAUAUGACAUUGUCUCCAUUCAUGACACUGGCAUGGAAUACAUUAUUCUUUUGAGGAAGAAAGUGAAAACGAAACCUGCUAAAUUUGUCAAGAUCACGGCAGAUGACCUCUCCUUCUCAUGGAUAGACAAAGUUAAAGAAGUGCUUAAAAAAAGUGAAAAGGUUGUUCUUUACUCUGAAAAUGAGCACAUAAAUGGUUUAUUAGGUCUUGUGAACUGUUUGCGACGAGAACCUGGCGGAGAAAUUGUAUGCGGUAUGCUUAUCGCUGAUUCCUCAGCACCACACUUCAAUCCAGAUUUGGAGAUAUAUAAGAAACAGCUAAAUAAAGAUUUGUCCAUCAACAUUUUUCAAGAUGAUCAGUGGGGAACAUACCGUCAUCUUCUUCUCGGUGAUUUGGACAUAGUACGAGUCAAUCAUGCUUUCGUCAACACUACCACUAUCGGCGAUCUCUCCUCUUUAAGGUGGCUCGAAGGUCCAAUUAAACCUGAUCAAGUCUUCAAGAACCCAGAUAGCGUUAUGAUACAUGUAUAUUCUUCCGCAUUGAACUUCCGUGACGUGAUGAUGGCGACGGGUCGUAUGACUGUGGACGUGGUGGCUCGCGGCAGACUUGCCCAGGAAUGUGUACAAGGGUUAGAAGUAGCCGGCAGGACACCCAAUGGUUCCCGCGUUAUGGCAAUAGUUCCUAGACAAGGAUUAGCCAAUGUAGUGGAGAGCGAUAAGGCUUUAAUGUGGUGCAUCCCCGAGGAAUGGAGCUUUGAGGAAGCAGCCACAGUACCCGUCGCUUAUGGCACUGUUUACUAUUCAAUGGUGAUGAUAGGGCGGCUACAGCAUGGUGAGUCUAUACUGAUCCACGCUGGGUCCGGGGACGUGGGUCAGGCCGCUAUCAAUGUAGCUCUUCACUACGGCUGCGAAGUGUUCACUACUGUAGGAAACGCUGAAAAGAGGGCAUUCAUCAAGAAACUUUUUCCCCAAUUAAAAGGUACUCUUGGACCGUAG